GUGGAGUUUCUCUGCAGUUUGCAUUUUGCACUUUGGCAGUGAUCACGAUGUUCAUAAGCAUUUCUGUCUUUUGAACGAUACAUUACCAAAGGGCUGCGUAGAUUCCCCAACUGGAUUUUCAACAUCCGCAGUUCGUCUUUGAGUGUUCGGGCUCGAAUUGACGACCGGUAUGCGUUCGGCGACCGUCUGAGACUUCGGCCCUUGACUUUUUUGUCGCGGCACGUGCUGACAUCCGGACGUCGAGGCCGUUUUUCACCGGAGAGACUCGCCUGCCGGCCUCACGAUGGCAGACAGCGCCAGCGAGAGCGAUUCCAGCUCGAUCGACGGCGGCCCGAUAAUGAUGCCUCCUUCGCCGAUAACGAGGGAGCAGCUGCAGAAGCGGAUCGAGUCCUUGCAGCAGCAAAACAGAGUGCUUAAAGUCGAGCUUGACACUUACAAGCUCAGGGUGAAAGCGCUCCAAGAAGAGAACAGAUCGCUCAGACAAGCGUCUGUCUUCAUUCAAGCGAAAGCUGAACAAGAAGAGGAAUUUAUUAGCAAUACACUUUUGAAAAAAAUACAAGCUUUGAAAAAAGAAAAAGAGACAUUGGCACACCACUAUGAGCAGGAGGAAGAAUGUCUCACAAAUGAUUUAUCCCGUAAAUUGACUCAGUUAAGGCAAGAAAAGUGUAAGCUGGAACAGACACUUGAACAGGAGCAAGAGUGCCUUGUAAAUAAAUUAAUGCGUAAAAUAGAAAAACUAGAAGCAGAGACUUUGGCAAAACAAAGCAAUUUAGAACAGUUAAGAAGAGAAAAGGUUGAAUUGGAAAAUACAUUAGAACAAGAGCAAGAAGCACUUGUUAACAGGCUGUGGAAAAGAAUGGAUAAGUUAGAAGCUGAAAAGAGGAUGUUGCAAAUCAAAUUAGACCAACCGGUUUCUGAUCCAGCAUCUCCUCGGGACAUGAGCAACGGCGACACUGCUAGCAAUCUAAGCGCUCACAUUCAAACCCUUCGAGGAGAAGUAGCCCGUCUUAGAAUGCAAUUAGCUCAUGCUCAGCAAGAACAUACUGAGAAAAUGGAACGUUACGUUAAGGAGGAAAGGCAUGUCCGCGAGGAGAAUUUAAGGCUCCAGCGCAAGCUUCAGCUAGAAGUGGAAAGACGAGAGGCUCUAUGUAGACAUCUUUCAGAAUCUGAAAGCAGUUUGGAAAUGGAAGAGGAGAGGCAUUACAAUGAAAUGGCUUCUGGCAUUAACAUGCGUUCAAGGACUGAGUCCAGCCCAGGGCCUUUCAUUCCUUCACCAGUUUCUUCAAGACCUCUUAGCCCUGGAGGUACUACCAAAGUUUUACUAUUGCUGUGUCCAGCUCUUAACAACCGGGACGUUGUUAGUGGAAGAUGCUAUGCGUGUGGCAGUUCGAUUUACACUAACGUCUUCCUAGCUAGAAGCUCCUCGCCUCCUGCACCUCCUUUAGUCGGACAUCAUCCAAGAGGGAUUCAGAGGAACCCUGAAAGAUUUAUUAAACCGGCUAUACCACCACCUUACGGCGUAGGAGCGCCCUGUUCUCCUUCACCUGCACCAUCACCAGCAUCACCAAUGGACACAAGUAAAUGUUAAGACUAUAUUGCAGGUGAGAAGUUUUGUAUAUUCAAGUCUUUCUUGUCAAAGAUGAUAGGAUUAUAAUUAUCCAACUGCAGGUUAACAUCAUCAGUUUUGGAUGUUUUUCCUUAUUACUUCAUUUUCUUUGAUUCUUAGGAGUAAAUGCGCCUAAAGGAAGCUUUCAUGCCUGUCAAACAUUAUUUCUAGUAGUUACAAUUUAUUAAUAAGUUGUUUAUCUAAUAUAUUUUGUAAUUCGCUAGUGUUAAUUUAUAUCUUUUUUCCUGUUCUAAUCGUAUCCACAUUCAAAACUUUUUUCGCAUAUUUUAAGUCUUGUAAAUAAUAAAACAAUAAGUUUCAAUUUAUUUUAA